CUGCUGAUUGGUUCCGGAAUUCACCGAGGUCUUCCGAGCGCCCCUCGAGGAUGACGUCGAGGUCAAUGUCUGAGCGCCUGAGCUGCGCGAAUAGUUAAAGCGGAGCCUCCGCAAAAUUACCGGAAGCUCUUUAUUAGCCUUUUAUGGACCAGUGUUACUGUGGUGGUUCCUCGCGUUCUGGAUUUAAUUUUCGAGAAGAUAUUUUUGGUGUGCAAAUUACGUGUGCUUGGAUGUGAUCGCUUGUGAUUGGCGAUGUAGCGGGAGAAACAAGUUCUAUCUCUCCGUGGACUCUAAGCCUAAAACCUCACUGCCGUGCAUCGCAGGAGCCUGAUCGAGGAUGUAGAAGAAAAAAAGAACAUGUACAUUUUGUGUUAAACCACCGAGUGAACUCUAGAAUGAGUGGACGGCCCAGGACAACUUCCUUUGCAGAAGGAAACAAGCAACCCCAGCAGCCCAAUUUUCUUGCGGGAGUUAAAGUCACCAGCAAGGAUGGGGCCAAGGUGACGACGGUGCUGGCGACGCCCGGCCAGGGGCCCGACCGGCCGCAGGAGGUGUCCUACUCUGACACCAAGGUGAUCGGCAACGGCUCCUUCGGGGUGGUGUACCAGGCGCGCCUGCUGGACACGGCUGAGCUGGUGGCCAUCAAGAAGGUGCUCCAGGACAAGAGGUUCAAGAACCGGGAGCUGCAAAUCAUGCGACGACUAGAUCAUUGUAACAUAGUGAAGCUGAAGUACUUCUUCUACUCCAGUGGCGACAAGAAAGACGAAGUAUAUCUGAACCUGGUCUUAGAGUACAUCCCGGAGACUGUGUACAGAGUAGCGAGGCACUAUAGCAAGUCGAAGCAGACGAUACCCAUAUCUUUUAUCAAGCUGUACAUGUACCAACUGUUUAGGAGCCUAGCCUACAUCCAUUCCCUGGGAAUCUGCCACCGGGACAUCAAGCCCCAGAACCUGCUGCUGGACCCCGAGACGGGCGUCCUCAAGCUGUGUGACUUCGGAAGUGCCAAGCUUCUGAUCAAGGGGGAGCCCAACGUGUCCUACAUCUGUUCGCGUUACUACCGGGCGCCGGAGCUCAUCUUCGGUGCGACCGACUACACGACCAUGAUAGACGUAUGGUCGGCCGGCUGCGUGCUGGCGGAGCUGCUGCUGGGGCAGCCCAUCUUCCCGGGCGACAGCGGGGUGGACCAGCUGGUGGAGAUCAUCAAGGUGCUGGGCACCCCGACCAAGGAGCAGAUCCGCGAGAUGAACCGCAACUACACGGAGUUCAAGUUCCCCCAGAUCAAGGCGCACCCGUGGCAGAAGGUGUUCCGUGCCCGCACCCCGCCCGAGGCCAUAGAGCUGGUGGCUCGCCUGCUCGAGUACACCCCCUCGGCCCGGGUGGGGCCCCUGCAGGCGUGCGCCCACGCCUUCUUCGACGAGCUCCGGGAGCCCGGCACGCGGCUGCCCAACGGCCGGGACCUGCCCCCGCUCUUCGACUUCACCGACCACGAGCUGUCGCUGCAGCCGCACCUGAACGCCACGCUGAUCCCAGCGCACGCCCGGGCGAGUGGACCGGACCAGGCAGCGGCGGCGUCGUCUUCGCAGCCGGCCAAGCCCGCCCAGGAGUCGGCCACCCCGGAGGCCUCCACCUCGUCCACCGCGUGAGGGCCCUCCCUGGGCCCCCCUUUGAGCGUGUGUGUGCCGCAACUGCAAAGUGUGUCCUACGCAACAAAAUAAUGGAUCCUAAGAAAUCCUCCUUUAUAGAUUUUGCUUCGCAUAUAUGUCCGCGUGUGUACGUCACAAGUGUGUGCCGCCGUCGAAGCUGGACCAAGUCGGCUCUUUUUUUCCCCCCGUCGUUGCGAGGAACCGCGCCCGUCGCAACUCCGCCGACGACGUGGAACGACGCGAGAAGAGCUCCGCUAGGAACUGCCGGUCGGUCUUCUCCCUUCUCGCCCUUUAAUGAACUCUCCCGACCUCGGGUUGUGCGAGAUGCCGCAAUGAACGUGCGGAGGUACCUUUCUUUCCGCCUCGAAACGGAGUAAAGAUCCUCGAGUUUUUUUUAUCCGCGAGACGUCCCUGGAGUGUACAUAGGACGGAAGCGUGGCCGCCGGGACGCCCCGCGGUCUGCGCGUGGCCCGUUGUAAAUACCGACGGCGCUCCGGCCCGAGGGCCGAACUUACGUUGUGCGGUUAACCAAGUAGACGGGAAGAGAGUGCGUGGCGGUCGGGCCUCUGCCACGCGGGCGUGCUCCGUUUCCAUCGUUUGAUUUUGCUCGUUUGAGUGUUCCUCUGGCACGUGCCCAUCGGGAGACCGGCGUGUCCCCCUCCCCGUGGGCAGCGAUGCCCUCAGACGCCCCCGGACCGGCGUCUCCUCGCACUCUCGAGAAGCCGCGGCGGCAGCGCUCUUGUGGGUACUGGGGCAGUUCUGGCGCCGACUGCCCGGACAGGAGAUUGCGCUCCCCCGGUGCGGCUGGGCAUCCUCUACCCGCGCACCCCACCUCCACCGCCGGAUGCACGCCGUUUGGCGGGGCUCCGGAUGCUUCUGCGCACGGGCCCGUGGCCUUCCCCGGUCCGAGAGCCUUGUUCUCCUUUGCCCCGGAAUUCACCGGAAUCGACCCGUGGGAAGCGCUUCUGCUUCAUCCCCCUAGUAAUCCGGAUCGAGAUUUGCAGACCUUGCGCGUAGUGCCUGCGGCCGGAGGGAGUCGUUUUCGCUCGGGAAUAACGAGGUUUUGGGGAGACGGCGUGUCCUUUUCAGGGACGGUGGUCCUUCCCCGUGGCUCCGAGUGCGAGCGCUUCCCUAGUCUGCGCCGGAAGUGCCCAUUUGGGCGAUGGUCUCUCGAGACCUCCCGAGCGGCGGCCGUGGGGCGGCCCCCUGUACAGUUCCGGUCGGCCGGUCUCCACGCCUCUUCCCUGGCACGCAGUCGGGCCGUCUCCCGGGACUCGCGACCCAAGUCGCGGGCCGGCACCUCUCUGCCGCGCGCUUUUCCGAGGUUGCCCCCCCUCCUCCCCGAACGGGUCGGCCGUACGCAGUGUCUGGCGGCUUUCGCUUCUGCGGAGAGGAAGAAAAGUGUACAUACUGCGCACACAGACACACCUCAACGCAUCCGCGUGUGUAUGAGCUCACUCCCACGUGUGCAGAAGGAGCGUGCAAGUUGCGAGUGCGCCUAUUUAUUUGCGACCCUCGAGGAAGAAAAUGGCGGCGGCAGCUCACUGGCACCCGUUCGCCUGGCCUCUGGCGCGACGCCAACGCCGGAAACGGAAAAUUGGAGGGCGGUGCCGAGGCACCCCUCGCUCCUGCCCUGUCCAUCAUUUAUUGGAGCGUCUUCUCGGAGAGUCGGGUCGUAGGAGGCCCGAGAGAGGCCCAGUGGAGACUCUCCGGGGCGGGCCGGGUGGGAGUGGGGCGUGCCGGGUCGUCCCUCCGAACGAGCUGGUUCUUGCCUCGAAGGGCUGCCACGACGUCUGCCUCUGCACCGCUGCACUCGAGGGUCCCCUUUCUCUCCUCCUGAUUUGUGACUGUUGUAACGCCUCGCAUUAGUUUUAGACAGUGUUAGCGUAAACCUACUGCAGUCUUUUGUGUAGUCAGCCAGCACUGGAAAACAAAUAAAAUUGUAUGUAAAGCAAG